AUGAGCCUCCAAUCUUCCAGGGUUCUGCUUCACAGGAAACAUGACUGGUCCACAUGUCGAAACCUUCCAGCGCGAUGGUGGUCCCACCCACGAUCCUAUCACCAAGAGUCGCAACACGCAGAUCGCAAGCCGGUGUCGGCGUCAGCUUCAGCAUGGACCGAACCUCUAUCCAAGAGCCAUUCCCGAAGCUCCGGUCGCCAGCGGGCACGCGAGAAAAUGGCAGAUAAGGAAUUCUUCCUCAGUCUAUUGACUUCUGCAACUACGAAACGAGAGGCAAAGGCAUAUUUGUCUAGAUUUCCGUCUGUUAAGAAGACAAAGCUUCCGAUGACGCCGAAGAAAGAGGCUGCAGUCGAGCUACAGCCUCCGAAAGAGAUUGAGAAGCCAGGUGUGAAUUUGGGGUCAUUUUAUGGACCUACGAGAUCGGUGUUGCAGACUCCAGUUUUUCGACAGGGAUCUACGCCUGAAAUAGAGACCGCCAUAAACCUUGACGAGGCGUUGCAUGUCGCAUUGGUUAAAUUGACUGAUGCACAGUCGUUGGAUGAUGAAACUAUACACGGAGUAGCUCUGACAUUAUCACAAUUGACGCGACUGGGUAUGGCGUCGUGUGUCGUCGUUGAUCCUGGACCAGUGAAAGAUGCAACGACAUGGAGAAAGGCAGCGGCCGAGCAAGCUGAUCGACUCUCGGCUGCAAUCGAUGCCUGUGAUGGUGGCAAAGCCCGUCGCCUUGACUCGGUGCUGGUCAGAAACAAGGACGGAGAAGUUCCAAAGGUGAUAUCCCGGCAGGUCUUAUUGCGCCCUUUGCGCAAGAAUCAUAUUGUUGUUGUUACGCCGGUAGCAUAUUCGGAACAGACUUGUAAAGCAUCGUCUGUAGCGAGCAACGAUGUUAUGAUUGCUCUAACCCGUGAACUGGCCGGUUUAGAGAGAAAGCAUGAUCCUGAUGAGGAUCCCCGUGUCACAGCAGAGAACUUUGCUGCGCUUCAAAAGGAGAUAUCGGUAGAUCGUUUGAUUGUGCUCGACCCUGUAGGUGGGAUUCCAGCGUUCAAGGGCCCACAGCGGGCUCAUGUUUUUGUGAAUAUGGAGCAGGAGUUUAGGGGUAUUGAAACUGAGCUUCAAGAAGCAAUGGCUUCGCUCGAAGGGUAUGUUGAUCCGGGAACUGAGUCAGAUCUGAGUGCUGCAGCUAUGAAAAGCAACCCCAUUUCAAAAUUUGUUGCAACGGAGGUUACUCGAAUGCCAACUCGGCCACAGCACAAACCUUUGCCAGUGAAUGGCGGGGUGAUGAACAGCGCGAUAAAGGAACAUGUUGAAAACCUGCGUCUCCUUCAGCAGACUCUCACCUUACUUCCACCGUCAUCGUCCGGAAUCAUCACUACACCCACAGAUGUGGCCAACUCCGCGCGUCCUCAGCAAGAUAUCCUUUCAGUAUCUCAAGUUGGAACACGAAGUUCAAAGAACCUGCUCAUCCACAACCUCUUGACCGAUAAACCAGCCUAUUCAUCUUCUUUGCCAUCUGAACGACUCGGUCGGACAACACCCUCUAUCGUGCAAUCCACCUUCCUCAAGCGCGGCAUGCCAUUAACCAUCCUCCCCGAUCCACGCAUCACUCCCUGGUCACCCAACAGCCCCGACAGCCGACACCUGACCCUGGACGAUCCUCGCAUCGACCUUUCCCGUUUAGUGCAUUUAAUCGAAGACUCCUUCAACCGAAAACUCGACGUACAAGACUACCUCAACCGCGUCAACGGCCGCCUAGCCGGGUUGAUUAUCGCAGGCGAAUACGAAGGCGGCGCAAUCCUCACUUGGGAAACACCACCCUCUAUCCCCGAGUCUGAGCGUAACAACCCCGAAAAUCUACCUCGGCUAGUGCCCUAUCUCGAUAAAUUCGCCGUCCUCAAACGCAGCCAGGGCGCAGGCGGCGUUGCGGAUAUUGUGUUUAAUGCGAUGGUGCGCACAUGUCUGCCUCAAGGCGUAUGUUGGCGCAGUCGAAUGGACAAUCCGGUGAACAAGUGGUACUUUGAGCGGUCGAGGGGAACGUGGAAGUUGGAUGGGAGUAACUGGGCCAUGUUUUGGACUACGCCUGGAGUUCCGGAGGAAGAUCCGUUGAGGUUCAAGGAUUACGAGGCUGUUUGUAGAAGUAUUCAGCCUAGUUGGGCUGAUAAGAAGGCCGUCGAUGAUUAA